GAUGGGGGUGCAGUGACCCCCCCCCCCCGGUCCACACAGCCCCCCCAGAGCGGUGCCAUGGAGCGAAGCUGCGGGAUGGACACGUCGGGGCCGGGCAGUGCUGCUGAGGAGGAGGAGGAGAAGGCUCCGGAGCAACGACCCCGCACCCGUUCUAACCCUGAGGGGGCUGAGGAUCGGGCGUUGAGCGCUCAGAGCAGCGUGGGGAACCGCAGUGAAGGCGAAGGGGAGGCGGCCAGCAGUGAGGACAGCCCGCAGGGAACCGCAGCCCCCGAUGGAACCGCCUGGCCCGGCCCCUCACAUCCCCCCCCCGAGGUGCAGGUGAAGACACCGAGGGUGAACUGCCCUGAGAAGGUGAUCAUCUGCCUGGACCUGGCUGAGGAAAUGGCUCUGCCCAAGCUGGAGUCAUUCAAUGGCUCCAAGACCAACGCACUGAACAUCUCACAGAAGAUGAUUGAGAUGUUUGUGAGGACGAAGCACAAGAUUGAUAAGAGCCAUGAGUUUGCAUUGGUGGUGGUGAACAAUGAUGCCACGUGGCUUUCAGGGUUCACCUCAGACCCCCGUGAGGUCUGCAGCUGCCUCUACGACCUGGAGACCGUCGUCUGCAAAUCCUUCAAUCUGGAUGGGCUCUUCAACCUCAUCCAGCAGAAGAUUGAGCUGCCAGUGACAGACAACGUGCAGACCAUCCCACCACCCUACGUGGUACGCACCAUCCUGGUGCUGGGCCGGCCCGGCUGCCAGCCCCAGUUCUCUGUGUCAGAGCAGAUGAAGAAGAUGCUGCAGUGCCCCUAUUUCUUCUUCGACCUCGUCUAUAUCCACAAUGGGGCGGAGGAGAAGGAGGAUGAGACCAGCUGGAAGGAGCUGUAUGCAUUCUUUGGCAACCUGGACACCAAGGGCACCAACUACAGAUACGAGGUGACACUGACGGGGCCAGCUGUGGAGCUGCACAACUGCAUGGCCAAGCUGCUGGCUCAUCCCCUGCAAAGACCCUUCCAGAGCCACGCAGCGUACAGCCUGCUGGAGGGGGACGAGCCCCCUGAGGUGGAGGCCACUGUUUGAGUUGGGGAGGGGCUGCUCCCAUUGGGUUUGGCUGGAAAUGGGGGAACAAAGAGCUGUUUUCCUGCCUGGC